AUCACAGCAGUUUUUAAUUGUGGUGCUACGUCGUGAUCUACCAAUUACAGUGUGCAUAAUUGACCUUCAGGUGCUCAGCCUCUCCAUAAGCCAUUUGUGCCGUGAUCGUCCCUCUCUUGAUGUUUGCUUUCAAGGAGUGAUAGAGAGUAAUCUCCUUCAUAUUUGGUUAUCAGUGUUACAAAUAACCAAGAUGUUGCUAUCAAAAGGAGUAUCGUUGAUUCUGAGGAAACCAUUCCAAGUUACUUCAACUCGCUUCUACAAAUCAUCAAAAGAAUUAAUCGAGAGUGGUGAGUCAGCCAUUACUAUUUCCUCCGAUGGAGCAGUUAUUAUAUGCUGGCAUCCUGCUAAAACUGUUCCUUAUGAAUGUACUAGACCUAUUUCACAUGACAUAAAUUCACUUCGUAUACCGACCUCCCCUUUAAAAAUCAAUAUGACGAAUUCACUGUCUCCAGAAUUUAAAGAACCUACUGUAGUAGAAUUAUCCAAAGCAUUUGGCGUUCCAUGGUUUCAUUUCCGACCUAGAAGAAGUCAAAAAUCCUUUUCACCUUAUUUUUGGGCUCCAAUUAAAGAACGAAACAGUUUAUAAAUUUCUUAGUAGUAGUAUGUAUGCUUUAAUUAUAAAAAGAAAAAAAAACAAUAAUUCGUUUGCAUAAAUUAUUUUUGUUCUACCUGUCUUACACAUACACACACAUCUACGAUCAGAUGCUAUAACAAUAUAUUUUACAAAGAUUUAUGUUGGAUGGUAGUCUGUUAAAAUGUAAGAAUAAUAAUGGUAAUAAUUUAUCAAGAUUGUGUACACAGUUAAGUAGUGUGAUAUUCUUGUGUAAAGAUUGUACAUAGAUGCAAAGACUGACAGUCAGUCGCGCAGAUAGAGAGAUGGGGUUUAUUAUUAUUAUUGUUGAUGUAAGAUUUGCCUGUAUAUUUAAUGACGGUUGUAGUAUGCUAGAGUAUAAGAAAAUCAGUAGUAGUAGUAGUAGUAGUAAUAGUGUGGCAUCAGCAACAAGAAUCACAGUUUAUUAUUCACACCAACAGAGAUUAACGCAGAAAAAUAUUGUCGAUAAAUUGUAAACAUCACACCUUAAAAUCUAUAACAAAAACAAAAAAAAUAGGAUAGCCACCUUACCAAAAUGUGUAUGUUAGUCAUUUAAAAAUUUUUGUAUGCGUUGCAGUAAUAGCAAAAUCACAUCAAGAUGCAUUGAAUAAAAUGAUUAAAUUCGUUUAGCAGGCAGAAAAGGGACAAAACUUGUGUGAUGAUUAGCACGUUAGUUUGCCACCCAAGAUUUUCAACAAUAUUAUUAUCAUAUAUCAGUUCACUUCUUUUGUUCUCAUAAUAUAUAGUUCUUAUUCGGUGAAUCUGUAAUGUGCAGAUUAUAUUAUCAUAUUAAGGGGAAGCCCAGUGUAGAUAAGAAUCUAAAUAAGAUUUAAAUGAGUUUAAUGAAUUCAUGUGUUUAAUUUGAACCAUAGUAAGCAACAUUAUCUAGUGAAAAAAAUACUGUGUAAUUUAUCAGAAAAAGGUGUGUACAAGUUACAUUUUUACUUAGAUAAAUUUUAAAACUUGCCGAUGUAACUUGCUUUCACAACUAUUGAAUUUCUUCCUGAAAUAAGGGUUUAUAUUUGAAGAGAAAUAGUUAGGGUAAGCAGAUGUGUAUACGAUAAGAGGUGACUUAAUUUUUAUAGUCUAAUUAUUUUGUAGACUCCAUCUGAGUAGUAAUUGUUGAUGUUAUCUGUAUUAAAACUGCUGAACUUGAAUUGUGAAUCGUCUUUACUUUGAUGAUAGUAAGGAGGAGGUUUAAAGAGGAUCAGAGGUUAGUAUUUUUCAGAUCUAUUGUUGGAUUCUUGACAUAAACUCACUUGUUUUCUUUAAGUUAGUGUUUAUCAGAGUUCUAAUUUGGCGUCUGGCAUAUCGGAUAACAUGGAUAUUAGCGUUUCAACAGCUACCACUUUUAGGCUGCUAUUUCAAUGUUGUAUCUAUAACUUACGUGUCAGAAUACGAAAAUAUUUUAUUGUUCAAUUGGUGUAUCAAGUGUAUAGCAUUUUCAUACAUUACACAACUGUGAUAAGUCAGUGAUACUUUAUGGAUCAGAGACUUUAGGCGUCAUGUAGAGCACCUCAGACAAACUAUAAACCUUCAUCAACACCUGUCUUCGCUCAGUACUUAAGAUCAGAUGGCCAAAAAGAUCAGCAAUGGGGAUCUCUGGCAAUGAGCGAACCAACCAGGAACCGACUGUGAAACAAAUAGGCAGGAAGAAAUAGAAAUGGAUUGGCCAUACUCUGAGAAAACUAUCAAGUGACAUCACAAGACAGGCCCUCGAGUGGAACCCGAACGGGAAGCGGCGAGUUGGUCGUCCAAGGGCGAUAUGGAGGAGGUCAUGUGAAGAGGAGAUGAAAGCAUGUGGGCAGACGUCGAGCCAGGUGAAAACGUUAGUACAGAAUCGAACGCAAUGGAGACGUGCGGCCGAAGCCCUAUGUUCCUCUAUGAACUAAAGGAAACAAUAAGACAACACAACUGUGAUAAGUUGAUAUUCAACCACAAGCACAGAGGAUUUUUUCCAGGAUAGAGCAUCAUUCAUAAUCGAUAAACGUCUCGAUAUAAUGCAACUGGCGGAAGAUUAUCACUGUCAGUAAACUGUCUUCGUUCUCAACUUAUUUGGUCAGACAUGUUAAUUUUCGUCCCUUAUUAAUUAUCAUUGCACGGUUUAAGUUCAUUAGAUAACUCACUAAUAUUUGUGAAACUGGUUGUUAUAUGGAAACAUACAUUCUAAAAUAUUCCAUUAAAGGCGAUAUAGAAGGGCAAUCUUAUUAAUUCACAUGUAAUAAACAAACGGAUUAAAAUAGUAGUAAAUAAAUAAAAUUAACAAACAAUCGCUGUUCCAUACCGUGACGAUAUCGUCUAUCAGUUGGUGUGGGUGGUUUUGGUGGUUGGCAUGUGAGCUGUUGACGUGUCUUUAAAUCAUGCUCAUGCUUGUUAUCAUUCAGGUUCAUAUUCUUUGAAUGACAGUUUGAACAGUAGAGCAAAUUUCGUCGGACACGGACUUCAAC